CGAUGUAAGGACUUUCGGUCUCGGCGUUUCAGAUUCCGCGCAGUUGAGAGCUAGAAUGCAAUUGUCAAAGUUGGGUGAUAGAAGAAGGGCGGCAGAAAAUCGAUAAUUUGACUGUUUUGCAAUUUCGCAGCAUCCAGCCCCGACCGGAACGGCAUCGCUUAAUUUUAUCGUUUGCAUCCAGUACGAAAGCUAGCAGCUAGAACCAAUAUCGGUAACGGCGAUAGCAAUUGCAGGAUAUUAAUCUAAAAUGUCGAGCCCAAAAUCAAACAACUCCAAAGGCAGCAUACGUGAUGAGGAUCUCUCCUCGGAAUCGGUUGAAGUGCUCCGCGAACGGCUGAACACGAUGAAAAGGCUCAUAGCGGAACGGCAGAACAGCACCAGUGGGUCGUCGGAGCUGUGGAAUCCCCAUACGCGAGCCUCCAGCUGCAGCGGCAUAAUCGAUGGAAACUUUUUGAGUGUCGCAUUCGGAGGAGCCCUGAUAGUGAUUCUUUCCGUGUCCGUGUAUGCGUUUUAUAAUUUGUACCACGCGGUGCUCAAGAAGUUUCCUUCCCAACAUACUGAACUGUAAACGCUACACAAUGAUCGUAAUGUUUCAAUUACUGCAUUAAUACAUGUACAUUUUUGUCUCAAUAUCAA